AUGCAAGUGAAUAGUACAUUUGGGAUAAUGUAGGAAUCCACUUGGGAUUCUGUGUGUUUUGCACUCAAAUGGCAAAUAGCAUACUUUAUCUACAUGUUUGCAGCCACAAAGCUCUUGCCAGGAAAAGAAUUCAAAGGGUUUCCAGAUCCAAAAGGGAAAGUUCUGAUGUAUAAAAUCAAUGGAUUAUAUACCUUAAUACUAACACUCGCACUCAUAUUUUUGGGUAAAGUGUUUUUUAACUUCACAUUGAUUCCAUUGAUAGAACACUUUUGGUCCUUUUUUAUAGCCUCAAAUAUUUUGGCUUUUCUGUUUUCCUUCAUUUUAUUGAUAAAAGGAAAAUUGAGUCUACACUACAAACCCCAUAUUCAAUCAUGGACACCUUAACUAUUGAAUGACUGGUGGUUUGGAUCAGAAUAGAAUCCACGUAUUUUAAACGUAGACCUCAAAAUGUAUUUUUACGAGCCAUCAUUGAUCGGAUUACAAAUAUUCUUAUUAUCAUUUGCUGAAUACCAAUACAAUACUUAUUCCAUAUUAUCCAUAAACAUGAUACUAUUUUAAGUAUUUUGGUUUAUGUGGCUUAUCACACACUAUAUAAGAGAGGAUUUUAUGUUAUCGACUUGGGAUAUUAUCGCUGAAAAUUUUGGAUUUAUGUUAGUUUGGGGAGACAUCGUUUAUUUACCUUACCUAUAUUGUAUUGGUGGUUGGUACUUGGGCGACUUUGUUCAGAAUAGUUCUACUGUCUAUCUGAUUUUCAUCACGUUGUUGCACUUUGCUUCAUUGUAUAUGUACAGAGAUGCGAAUUGGCAGAAGGAUAGAUAUAGAAGACAAGGGGAUAAAGCCAUAAUUUGGAAGAAAAAACCUUAGACCCUAUAGAAUAAGUUAUUAAUUAGUGGUUGGUGGGGUAUAGGGAGACAUCUCAAUUACACAGGGGAAAUUUUAGUUUAUCUAUCUAUUGCCAUGUGUGGGGAAUUCAAAGCUUUUAACAAUUAUAUCUUGCCUUUGAGUUUAUUCUGUCUAUUGACACACAGGGCAACAAGAGAUGACAAGCGUUGUAGAGAAAAAUAUGGUAAGCUGUGGUAAGAAUAUUGUGAGAUUGCCAAAUUCAAGAUUAUUCCAUUCAUAUUUUGA